UUACGUCUCAGACUGAAAUGCUGUAUUGUGAUGGGAAAAUUUACAAACCUGAAGAUCUUCGUAGCUUCGCCAUCUCUCAGGCAGAUUACGCGUUGGGAAAAAAUCCGAUGAAGAUGAGUUAUCUUGUAGGGCAUGGGGGUAACUACCCUCAACAAGUGCACCAUAGGGGAUCUUCCAUUCCGGUUGAUGCAGACACUGGCUGCAGAGAUGGGUUUAAAUGGCUGUACUCCCCCGAUCAGAAUCCAAAUGUAGCUGUUGGUGCCCUGGUUGGUGGCCCUUUUCAGAAUGAUAGCUAUAUGGAUAUCAGGAACAAUUCAAAGCAAGGUGAACCAAGCACUUACAAUAGUGCUCUCAUUGUUGCCCUGCUGUCUGGCUUAGUUUCCACUUCUUCGGUGCCCAAGCACUUAUAAUGAAAGCACUUAGCCACCUUGUAUCAUAUGUAGAAAUUUUGUGUGUACUUGUUUAUAGCUCCUACCCUUUUUAGUGUUAGAGGUAGAGAAUCUCAUAGUAAUACCAGAAGUGAUUCUGACCAAUUUUCCUGGAAGUGUAAAUAUGAGUUUCAGUAAUGUAAGUAGUUUUUGUUGAAAUGCCAAUUCAUUUAGUUCAGA